GCAGUGGCGGGGCGAUGUGUUUGAGAGACUGCCGUCAUGUCAGACAGAUGGUUUUCGUUUGCCGAACAGUAUGGACUUCAGUGCGUUCCACUGAAAAGGCCAGGUGAUGGCCGUCUACUGAGCCGUCCUGUUAACAGCGAGAAAACAGUUCCAUUCUGUCUGCAACUGAAGGCUCUCGAAGGAAUAGUUCUGCCAAAAUAUGUGUCUGGUGAGACCGUUCAGUUGAAGGUAAAUGCCACCCUUUAUCACAGCAAAAGCAGACAGUUUUUUGGCAGAACAUGGAGUAGUCAUCUCUUACUGAGAAAAGCAACAGCAAAUCGAAAAGAUUCUAUUAACAUUAAUCAGAAUGUGUAUUUUCAUUCUUCAAACACAGAUCCAAGUACAAUGAUAGUUCUGGAACUUGUGGCAAUUCAUGGUACAGUGAAGGAGCUGUCGUGUGGUUGGACAUAUCUUGCUCCAUUUGGGAAUGUGAAUCUGUUGAAAGAUACAACAGCUAAAGCCUCAUCUCAAACAGCGAGGCUUGAUGUGUACCAGGGAUCGCCUAGGUUGCUAUUCUAUGUUGACAACGUUCCUUCAGGUGUAUUUGUCUGA